AUCCUCUCCCCUUCUAAAAGGGAUGCUGGGCAGCCUGUUCCCUUCUCUCUCUCUCUCUCUCUCUCUCUCUCUCUCUCUCUCUCUCUCUCUCUCUCUCUCUCUGUAUUCUUCUUCUUCCCUCCAUGCUCUCUCUCUCUCUUUAAUUCUGCCGCUUUCUCCGCCUGGGACACAGCUGACAUUUUUCAAAUCCUUUUUUUCCACACUCCUGCACGUACCCACAGAGAGACAUCGGAGAGAGAGAAGGAGAGAGAGAGAGAGAGAGUCUGGUUGUGUGUGCAUGUGUUUAUCUGGCCAGAGGAGGCUCACAUGCCGGCGUGGAGCGUAAUCGCUGCCUCUUGACAGCCUCUCUCUAUCUGUGUCAGUGUUUAUUUCCCUGUGUGUUGGUGUGAAGCCUCAGCUGCUCUCAUGUUCACUUGCCAGCACAGCCUCUGCUGCUAGCAACAUGUUUCGACGCACAAAAAGUUGCAGAACCAAUAACCGGAAAAGCCUCAUCCUCACCAGUACGUCCCCCACCCUGCCACGGCCGCACUCGCCACUGCCUGGACACAUCGGAAGCAGUCCGUUGGACAGCCCGCGCAACUUCUCUCCAAGCGGACCCGCCCACUUUUCCUUCGCUUCUUCUCGAAGGGCUGAUGGUCGAAGAUGGUCCCUGGCGUCCCUGCCCUCGUCAGGAUAUGGAACCAAUACGCCCAGUUCAACGUCAUCCAGCUCGUCCCAGGAGCGUCUGCACCAGCUGCCCUUCCAGCCGACCAUGGACGAGUUGCACUUCCUGUCCAAGCACUUUGGCAGCACAGAGAGCAUCACGGACGAUGAUGGGGGGCGUCGCUCGCCUCACGUCCGCCCUCGCUCUCGGAGUCUCAGCCCGGGGCGCUCUCCUUCCUGCUAUGACAAUGAAAUAAUGAUGAUGAACCAUGUCUACAAGGAGCGCUUCCCCAAGGCCACGGCUCAGAUGGAGGAUAGGCUGGCAGAGUUCAUUCACAGCUACUCCCCAGAGAGCGUCCUGCCACUGGCCGAUGGGGUCCUCAGCUUUAUCCACCACCAGAUAGCUGAGCUGUCCAGAGACUGCCUGACCAAAUCCCGCGAGGACCUCAUCACCAGUGUCUACUUCUGUGAACUGCAGGAGAACCUGGAGAAGCUUAUGGAUGACGCUUAUGAGCGCUCGGAGAGUUCGGAGCUCACCUUCAUCAUUGAGCUGGUCAAAAAGCUCUUCAUCAUCAUAUCUCGUCCCGCCAGGCUCCUCGAGUGUUUGGAGUUCAACCCAGAGGAGUUUUACCAUCUGCUUGAGGCAGCAGAGGAUCAUGCCAAGGAGGGACAGCUGAUGAAGGCAGACAUCCCUCGGUACAUCAUCAGCCAAUUGGGUCUGACCAGAGACCCACUGGAGGAAAUCGUGAGCCUUGACAGCUACGACAGUGAGGGUCCACACACUCCAGAGACUGAUGACUCCACAGAGGGAAGAGGGAGAGCCAUGAAGCCACCGAGUGAAGAAGAUUUUCAGAACAUCAAACUCAUCAGCAAUGGAGCUUAUGGUGCCGUCUACCUGGUGAGGCACAGGGAGACGCGUCAGCGUUUUGCCAUGAAAAAGAUCAACAAGCAGAAUCUGAUUCUGAGGAACCAGAUCCAGCAGGCGUUUGUCGAGCGAGACAUCCUGACCUUCGCAGAGAACCCCUUUGUCGUCUCCAUGUUCUGCUCCUUUGAAUCGCGCAGACACCUCUGCAUGGUCAUGGAAUAUGUCGAGGGUGGUGACUGUGCCACGUUGCUGAAGAACAUCGGCGCUCUGCCUGUGGAGCUGGCGAGGAUGUACUUCGCUGAGACUGUUUUAGCCCUGGAGUACCUGCACAACUAUGGCAUCGUCCAUAGAGACCUCAAACCUGACAAUCUCCUGAUCACCUCCAUGGGCCACAUCAAGCUCACAGACUUUGGCUUGUCGAAGAUGGGCCUAAUGAGCCUCACCACCAACCUUUAUGAGGGACACAUUGAGAAAGAUGCUAGAGAGUUCCUGGACAAGCAGGUAUGUGGUACUCCAGAGUACAUUGCUCCGGAGGUGAUUCUCCGUCAGGGCUAUGGAAAGCCGGUGGACUGGUGGGCCAUGGGCAUCAUCCUGUAUGAGUUCCUGCUCGGCUGUGUUCCUUUCUUUGGAGACACUCCUGAGGAGCUGUUUGGACAGGUCAUAACAGACAAUAUAAUUUGGCCAGAUGGGGACGACGCCUUGCCUGCAGAUGCCCAGGGUCUCAUAUCAGCUCUGCUGCAGACCAACCUUCUCAUGAGGUUGGGAACAGGGGGGGCGUUUGAGGUGAAGCAGCACUCGUUCUUCACGGAGCUGGACUGGAACAGUUUGCUGAGACAGAAGGCAGAGUUCAUCCCUCACCUGGAGUCAGAGGAGGACACCAGCUACUUUGACACCCGCGCGGAUCGUUAUCACCACAUCAACACGUACGACGAGGAUGACACCAAUGACGACGAGCCGGUGGAGAUCAGGCAGUUUUCCUCGUGCUCGCCUCGCUUCAGCAAGGUGUACAGCAGCAUGGAGCAUCUCUCUCAGCUGGAGCAGAAAGCUUCGAGCUCUGUGUCCCGUCGGGAGCACAAGGGCCCGCGGGACGACAAGGUGACCAAGAGAGAGAGCCUGGGCAGCUUCAGCAUGAGGGACAAGAGCUGGAGGACGGGGUCUCCUGAGAUGAAGCGCCUGUCGUGUUCAGAGUCCCUCUACAUGGAUGGUGACGCGAGCCCUCCCCUCGGGGCUCGGCGGCGCUUCUCAGCACUGAUGGAUACACAUCGUUUUGCCUCACCUCUAGAGGGUGAGCUGGACUUCCUGUCCCGCCAGGCUCCCUUCAAGGUCCGCGGAACCUCACUGGACGGGACCAGCGUCCCCUCGCCGAGUCUUCUGGAGCAGAGGAGCAGUCUGAAAGAGAUCAACGGAGCAGACAAGCCCCCUCGACCUGGAGAGACACCCGGCAUUACCACGGCAAUCAACACGUUAUCUCCAGGUCCUGCGGCAGCCAGCCGUGAUGUGAUGACCCCUCUGUAUGACCCUCUGGGGGCCCGGGCCACCAAUGACCUGGUGCUCCGCAGAGCGCGUCACCAACAAAUGUCUGGGGACGGAGACAAACGCAACUCCAGAGCUGGCAACAAGGUCAUCAAGUCAGCCUCUGCCACAGCUCUGUCUGUCAUUAUACCAUCAGUGGAGCAACAUGGCGGCUUCUCUCCACUGGCCAGUCCCAUGUCUCCUCACUCGUUCUCAUCCAACCCCUCAUCCCGAGACUCUUCACCCAGCAGAGACUUCUGCCCAGCAGUCAGUGUGCUGCGCUCCCCCAUCACCAUCCAUCGUUCAGGAAAGAAGUACGGCUUCACCCUCAGGGCCAUCAGGGUCUACAUUGGAGACAGUGACAUCUACAGCGUGCAUCAUAUUGUUUGGCAUGUGGAGGACGGCGGCCCUGCACAGGAAGCUGGCCUGUGUGCCGGUGACCUCAUCACCCAUGUCAACGGGGAGUCUGUCCAUGGUCUGGUUCACACUGAGGUGGUCGAGCUUAUUCUCAAGAGUGGAAACAAGGUGACAGUGACAACGACACCUUUCGAGAACACCUCCAUCAAAGUGGGACCAGCCAGGAAGGCUGGCUACAAGUGCAAGAUGGCUCGACGGAACAAGAGGACUACGGGAAAGGACAGCCAGGAGAAUAAGAAGCGCGGCUCGUUGUUUCGUAAGAUCACAAAACAGUCCAAUCUGCUGCACACCAGCCGCAGCCUGUCCUCUUUGAAUCGCUCUCUGUCCUCCAGCGAGAGUCUUCCUGGCUCCCCAACUCACAGUUUGUCUGCCCGGUCCCCGACGCAGGGAUACCGCUCCACCCCCGAGCCCUCAUACCUGGGUGCCUCCUCCCAGAGCAGCUCUCCAGCCUCCAGCACUCCAAACUCCCCUGCUCCAUCACAGCACAUGAGGCCCAGCUCCCUGCACGGCCUCUCACCUAAACUCCACCGCCAGUAUCGCUCUGCCCGUUGUAAAUCUGCCGGUAACAUCCCCCUGUCCCCUCUGGCCCACACACCUUCCCCUACCCAGUCAUCUCCUCCCCCCUUGCCAGGCCACAUUGUCGGGAGCUGCAACACCACCCAGUCUUUCCCUGCCAAGCUCCACUCGUCCCCACCGGUGGUCCGUCCCAGGCCAAAGAGCGCAGAGCCCCCUCGAUCGCCUCUCCUCAAGCGAGUGCAGUCGGCAGAGAAGCUGGGCUCCCCUCUGACCCAGUCCAGCUCUACGGGAGGGCUGGGGGGUCCGCUGAGGAAGCACAGCCUGGAGGUGCAGCACUCUGAGUACCGCAAGGACGCUUUCCUCUGUGAGCUCGGGCUCCAGAGCCUGUUGGAGACAGAGGGGGAAAAUUUGCCUAAUCCUCCUCACGUGCAGUCCUCCUCAUCCUCAACUUCACCAGAGACUGGAGUGCUGAAGCCUGCGAGAAGACUGGGGAGGCAGGAGUCACCGCUCAGCAGGGAAACACUGUUGGCUGGGAGGGACAGGGAAGAGAGGGAGAGAGGAAGGGAGAGAGAGAAAGAGAGGGAGACAGAGACAGGGACAAGUCGGGUAGGAGCACCAGCAUUCCAGUCAUCUUUAACAAGAAAACCUCAUACAAGUGAUAUUUACUACAACUCACAAAGCUCCAGACUAGGUGCAGAAGGCCCUAAAGUAUCAACUCUGAGCACCCCGACCAAAACAACAGGGAGUCUUGGUGGUCAGAUAGCACCUGAAAAGACCCAGCAGGGUCAGGCAGAGUUAACUCCAAAACAAUUAGACUCCAGGGCAGGCAGAGUUGUGUUAUCUAAUAGUAAAGAUCUGCAGGAGCAGCAGCUCGGGGCGAGACCUGAACCAAAGCAGGAAGGAAACAACAAGAGUGGUUUCUGCAGGUCGAGUUUUCCUGGUGCUGCUUUCACUAAGAGCUCUGCUUCCAUUCCAGAUAAAUCCAUGGGCAUCAACGUGACAGUGACAGCAGGUCCUCUGAGCAUCAACAAAACCUUUAAGUCAUCAGGGAUGGGCGACGGCCUGAGAAAGGCUGGAGCUGAGAGCAAUGACUCAAGGACUUCAGACCUCGGCUCCAAAAGCCCCAAACUUACAGCUCGGGUCCUCGCUCCAGUUAUCCCCCCGCAUGGGCAGUCGCUCUCCCUGAGCAAGGUAAGGCAGGGACUCGGAGCCGUCAACUGCUACAGAGGAACCCUUGACUGGGAGGACAAGUGUCGCCUGGAGGUGGUGGAAGAGCACUCACCUUCUCCUUCUCCCUCCCCUACCUCCGUCGCUCCCUCCCUCUGCGGGCCCUCCCUUUGCAAGUCUCGACCUGCAUCCCCUUGCGACAAGACGAGCUUCGUCAGCCAGCUGACCACCGUGGCCAAAAGCGUCCUCGGGCCAAUCAAGCUCGGCUCCCAGGAGGGGGCUAAGAGCAAAGAGCAGCAGACUAAGGCAGCGGAGGAGAAGCAGGGAGGCCCAGCAGGGAAGUCUGACACGCCUGCUGGAGGUCGAGUGGUUGUUGGGGCUGCGGUGGUGACCCAAAGUCCUGCUGGGUCGCCCUUAGAGAAGGCUGCGACAGGCAGCAGCCUGUCCAAAAUGUGACUGUCAUGGUGUCACACGAAAAAAAGAUGCCCUUUUUUGGGGGGAGAACAGUGCAACAAAAGUCAAGUACUUAAAACAUUGUACAUUCCAAUUUCAGAGUAUAUCAAUUGUUAUUUAUUGAUUUCAAUCAUUGACUGAUUCUAACUUAAAACCAGGAUUAAAAAAAACUGUAAAGGUGCAUUUACUAUUGCUUUUCUAUUGUAAAUUAUUUAAUAAGAAGACUCUUAAUGUAACGUGGAACACUUUAUCAGAUGUAUAUGUGUGUGGGUCUAUGUGAACGCAUGUCAUAUGGUAUGUGCUGUACAUGUUUAAUAGAUACAAGAGGUCAAAAAGUGCUUUACCGAUCAAAACAUGCUGAAUACUGUGAAUACCAAAUCCUGUCACUCUGUUUUGUCUUUCAACCAGCCCUGUCUUCUAUUACUGCUCAAACAACAGGACGGGGCAGAGAACUGAGGCACAAUUGAGCUGUUACGUUUUUAUCGGCGGACACGCUGGUUGGUUUGGAGACGGCGUGCGAGCAACAAGUUGAUUAAACUAAUUUCUUCUUCCUCCAGCAGUUUGCUUUCUCUGAGUUGCCCAGUCAGACAAAGCCAAGGCAGGCGCUCUGUCAGUGGAUGUCACAUCAAGCUCUGUCUGUCACAGUGGGGAUUUUGUGUGUGUGUGGGUGUGUUUAUUUCUGUGUAUAUGUGUGUGUGUGUAGCCACCUUGGCUCUAUUUCUGGUGGUUCUCGAAGGCUGUGUCGUGCCGCGCAAGAAAUCAGGGGUGACAGAGCUCAGGCUCAGCGCUUAUCUUCACUUUGCAGGAUGGCUGCCACUGCCCUUCUCUCCCCUCCGCUCCUGACUAUCAGCCAACACAAACACAUGCACAGACGCACACACACGUUGUCACAGGAGGCCACAGUGUCAGCAGCUGAUUUUCCUGCAUUUGAAUCCACCCUCCCAAUGGUCUGUGAAGCCGGAUCGUGAGUGUGUUUGCGAGUGAGUGAGUUAAGAAGUGUGUGUCUUCUUCUAAGGGUUACACACAGCACGGGUGACUCAGCAAGGGCAAUGACCAAAACCAUUGCAGACAUAAACAGACAGCAGUGAGGAUCCAGUAACAAGUUUUCAACCAGUCACACUGGUAAUGAGAAUAUAGGAUGUAAAAACAUAAUUAAAUAGUAUAAGCACAUAUACAGUGGACCAAUAGUUGGAAAAGCAGGCAGUCAUGGAUGUAGCAUACCUUUAUUUAUCUGUUAAAGGGCUCUAUAGCUAAGGUAGGGUUCGUGGAUGUGGGCAUGGUGUAUCACAAUGAACCUGUUAUUGUAAAAACAAGGUUAUCUCCAGUAUAUUCAGAAUGACUGUGUGGUUAGGUACUACAAGCUAGGUAGUCGAGGUUGAUCAAUGUAUUGAAACGUAACGGUGUUUGAAUCAGCCUCAGGGGAGGGUGAAACGUUCACGACAGAUCGGACUCCAUUCCCCUCCUCAUAGUUCAUAUCUCAGUAACUCUCCAGUGUACAUAAUCUUAUGCAACACGUGCAGCUGUGUGGGAGGGACCCCUGCCACUGCACGGCUUUUGCGCUUCUGAAUUUCUCUUUCUGCCAUCGAUUUGAUUACAUGUGUCUCGGAUUCUUCCCUCGCCGUACAAACUGAUUCAGCCAGCAACAGCACACAUAAACUUCAAGGAAAGUGUGGAUUCUCAUCAAAUGUUUUGUUUCAAACAAUUGGAAAAACAGGUUUAUCUUCCUAAAUGUUGACGUUUUUUGGGCCUGGAUAGAUGGUGAAGAGUUGAUCCUUGUUGCUGGUUAUUAUCUGUUUGGAAAUCAAGACAAAGAAGUUGAGGUGGCUAAAUGCUACGUAGAGCUGCAGAGUGUGAACCUGAUUUUUGCAGUUUAUAACCUUUACACAUAACUAGUCUUUAAUAUAAACUUUUCUCAAUGCAUUUCAUAUGCAAUAUAAACUCAUGUAAAGCCUUUUAAAUGUUUAGGCUUCUGUUUGCAAUCCAUGCUUGAAUCUAAUAUUGCUUCAAUGAUUUAACAUCAUCCCAGUAAAAAGUCCCAUAAAUCAGUCAGCAUUGUUUUUUAUUUGGCAUGGUGCUCUACUGCCCUCCAAUGGUUCCCAAUGCCCACUGUCCACGUUCAUUAAUAACCCUCUGAAUGCCAGGACCGUUGAUUUACUGCAACAUGGAUGUUAUUAGCCAUAUAGGAUUACCGAAUAUGCAUUUAUGUAUCAGAAUAUUUGCAGUAAUUAUCAGAUAACACUUGAAACAUGAAUUUAUCAAUUUUUGUUGUUGUGCUCCUCAUGUGACUGUUAAAGAUAUCUUCUGGAUAUUAGGAAUUAACAUUUUUAGAUAAUCUGUCUUAUAUAUUCUACUGAUAGGAAGCAGUUCUUUUAUAUCUUGGUGUAAGAAACAAGUGGUCAGGUCAGCUCCGCUCACCCGAAUAACUAAACUAACUGUAAUGUAAUGGUAUACAGCGAGUAUGUCCACUUUCAGGCCUUCUCCCAGUCAAUGAUGUCUAUACUAGUGUUAUACGUUCGAGAUCUUCUUUCUUUUUUAUUUGUGAUCGACCGAGAGUAGUAGAAAUGCACUUUAUUUGAUAAACAUCUUCAUUCGCUGGUAUUGUUUGUAAGUCACUUCAAAGAAAAUUCAAUAUAUUGUAUACAAUUCUACAAAAUUAACACAAAAGUCCAACUAUAAAAAAAAAAAACAUUCCACGUUUCUCUGUUCACUGAAAAAGUGUUUAUUUGUACAAUUGGGGGCAUUUUGUUUGUGAGAGAUGUGAUUCAAAUGCAGACACCUGAAGUGCAGUAUGUGGAAUAAAACUGUUCCAAACUU